AUGGCUGCCUCCAAGGACCGCAAGGGCGUCAACCCAUCUGUCCUCAUCCCCGAGGAAGAACAGUCGACUUUCGGACAGCAAUCUCCUUACGCCGUAGGGUUUAACGACCGACAACAAGCAGCCAACCGUCAGCAGCUACUUCUCCGCAACAACACCCAGCAGCAGCACCAACAGUACCUUUCGCAAUACCCGCCCAACAGGGUGCACAGCAUUAUCCUGAAGAACUAUUACGGAGACAACAACAACCAUGGAUACACUAAUCCCUCUGCGCCACUCCUGCCCUCCUCAGGACCUCCUGCAACUUCAUACUCGACCAUCCCACCCGCCACACCCUACACCCCAGGGUCACCCAGGUCUACAUAUGGUGACUCUGAUGAUGGAUCUCGUAGGUUCAACAAGUUCUGGCUGAUCUUCUUGGCAGUGGUCGUCCUUCUCUCCAUAACUGUCCACGAUGAAGACGACGAUAGUGGGAACGGAAGUUGUGGAUUCACAAGGCCAAUUCUCAGCCACUCCAUCCCUCUCAAAAUCAACGACAUGUUCAUUUCUUCCAACGGCGUGACCACGACGGUGAUUCUGGAGCAACGGGACCAUGCAGGCGAGGAUCCAGACAUGUCAGAGAUCGCGAUUUUUGGGACAGCAAGGGACCGAGAUGAGUUUAAGAAGAAGCUCCUUGUUCAAUCCGGAGUUGACCCGUCCACGGGUCAACUCAGGCUGGAACUCUACAAGGAUCCCGGAUUUGAAUCUAACGACUGUAUGUCGGUUACAAUCCGGUUGUCGUUGUCACCACGGAUGAGGGUGAUGGAAAAAUUGAAGAUUAUUGUGGACGAAGGGGAUGUUACGCUGGCAAUGCUCCUCCCAAAUCACCCGCUCCAGAUCAAGGACCUUAGCACACGAGUCGUGACAGGAUACACGCGGAUUGAUGCCGAUGUGAUGGCGAUGACGUUGGGAGGAAGUGUUGGAUUGAUUGAGGGCAAUGUAGUGGUUGGCCCUUCGAUGUCCGUGCUUAUGGUCGAUGGAUAUGUGUCCCUAAAUGUCACCCAAUCUACUGACGUGAUGACAGGCAAGAUCAUUGUUACUAACGGUAAUAUUGACGUUGGCCUGGUAAGUUAUGUCAUCUUCUUGCGAGCGCGCUUUUUUCAUCUGAGGAGUGUUACUUUGCAAAUUACUGACCAACAUUGUCGUUCCUUCUUGAGCAUGGUUAGACGACUCCAUAUGUGGGAUCAUUCCGAGUGGAGGCAGGGAGUGGUUCUGUCGGCAUUCAUCAUGUAG